GAAGAUUUUACGUAGUGGAAAACUUGUUUGGAAGAACAGACAUUUAAGAAGCAGAAGCGAUCACGUUUAAUAAGAUAACCGGCAGAAAUACAAAACCAAACGAAGCUGUUUUUAACCCCGGCGAUCAACUGCAAACAUUAGUGCUCCCUGCAGAUGUUCAGCAGACGAUGCUGACUAGAGUAGAUCCUCCUGAAGAACAGAAUCUUGAUGUGGACCAGCAGGACCCAGAGCCCCUCCACGUUAAGGAGGCUCUGGAGGAGGAGCAGCUCCAAGUGAAAGAAGAAACAGAUGCCACCAGGCUUCCCCUCAUCGCAGUUACUGUAAAGAGUGAGGAUGAUGAAGAGGAGCCUCUGUUGGAGCUUCAUCAUCACCAAAUGGAAGAUGGUGUUCCAACCAGCAGCUCAGCUGACCAGAUAAAGGUAGAAGUUGAUGGAGAGGACUGUGGAGGAGCAGAAACCACCAGGAAUCUGGACUUGAAUACUCAUGAAGACAAUUCUAGCUCUUCAGAGACUGUAGUCAGUGGGAUUGAUGAAGGAAGCAACACUGACUCUGAUCUGAAACCCUUAUCAGACUCUGGGUCAACAACUGAAGACAGUGACGACUGGAAGGAGAGCAGAGCCCCUGGAGUCAGGUCUUCAAACUGGAAAAGUGCAGAAUCACACAAGAAGGUUCAGGAAACACCAAAAUCAUUUAGCUGUGGUAACUGCGGUAAAAUUUUUUACAGUAAAACUAAACAAGAAAAACACAUGAAAGUCCACACAGGGAAGAAACCUUUUAAAUGUGACGACUGUGGGAAAGAAUUUAACUUGAAACAUCAUUUAAGCACACACGUAAGAAUCCACACUGGAGAGAAACCGUUUGUUUGUGAUGUUUGUGGACAAACAUUUAGCCAGCAGCCAAACCUAAACAGACACAUGAGCGUUCACACAGGACAGAAGUCGUGCGUUUGUGUUUUUUGUGGAAAACAAUUAAACCGAAAGACAAAUUUAACUGCCCACAUGAGAAUCCACACUGGACAGAAAUCUUUUGCUUGUGACGUUUGUGGACAACAAUUUACCCGAAAGUUACAUUUAAACCGACACAUGAGAGUCCACACGGGACAGAAACCAUUCGGUUGUGAGGUUUGUGGACAAAAGUUUGCACUUAAGGCAACUUUAGAAAGACACAAAAGAGUCCACACGGGACAGAAACCUUUUGCUUGUGAUUUCUGUGGACAAAGGUUUAGACACAGGACCAGUUUAGACAGACACAUUAGAAUCCACACAGGACAGAAAAUGUUUGCUUGUGCAGAUUGUGGACAAAGAUUUAGCAGUAAGCAAAGUCUGGACAAACACAUGAAAAACCAUACGGGAGGACAAACGAGUCUCAAAGACACGUAA